CCAGAGUACCAGGGCGAGCCGGACGAGAUCUCCGUGCAGAAGUGCCGUGAAGCCGCCCGACAGGUUCAGGGACCUGUUAUAGUAGAGGAUACCUGCUUGUGCUUCAAUGCCCUGGGGGGGCUGCCAGGACCAUACAUAAAAUGGUUCCUGGAAAAACUCAAACCGGAAGGCCUGUACAAGCUGCUGGCUGGCUUUGAAGACAAGUCUGCCUACGCUCUCUGUACCUUCGCGUUCAGUACUGGGAACCCCGAGGAGCCCGUGAAGCUGUUCAAAGGCCAGACCCACGGGCUGAUAGUGGAGCCCAGAGGCCCUCGAGAUUUCGGCUGGGAUCCCUGCUUUCAGCCGGAUGGCUACAACCAGACCUACGCUGAGCUGCCCAAGGCGGUGAAGAACUCCAUCUCGCACCGGUACAGAGCGCUGAGCGAGCUCUCCGCCUUCCUUCUUCAGAGCAACUCGACGGAGCCCCGCUCCGCGCCCAGCUAGCCUCCCCGCCCUGCGGGCAC